GCCAUGAGUCCAUGUGCUCAAGUAUUUGACCAGCGUGUGGAUUAACAUUGUAGUAGUUUACACGAGGUGUUAUUCAUACUUUGUCCGUGUUCGCUAAGCGAUGAGUAUGUCAGCUGCCGCAGAGCUUCUCGACAAGAUCGAGUGGACCGUCGUUCUUGGGGCAGACUUGUCCAACGAGCUUCAAGACGCACGUGAUGUCGCCGAGCAAGACGAGUUCCUACGAUUCCUCGUAAACUGCAUUGUUCGAGGCGACUACGUGAGUGUGUUCGGUGAUGAUCGGACAAAGACAUUGCUGCGCGUGUCGUCUUACUUCAGUUGCACGCACGAGAUAACCGAGAAGUGUAAGAAAUACGUGGGCGGUGGUAGCCGAACUCGACAAUUGUGCGUGCUCCUAAUCGGCGUGGCAGCGUUGAAGCUUUUCGUCCAGUGCAACUGGACGGGGCCCGCUGUAGAAGUCGUUAACGACAUUUUUCCCAACCCGGAAUCUGACGAGUGCCGGCGCGCGUGUCUCAAAGCCCUCGAAGUGUCCGGCGAACCGCCGUACCACCUGAUAGAACAGGCACCUUUCCUAAUCAUCGCCGAUGCCCUGCUUGUGAGCUGCAGCGAAAUGCUUCGCGGCUGCUGUUCAGCUGACUGGUGGGCUUGGAGAUGCGCCUACGCGCACCAGUUAGUUAUGCUUGACCGAUCGCAAGAGCUGCACAGCGAGAUAUGCGACCGAAUCGGCAAGGUUGAAAAGAACCUGCCUAGCCCCGAUGAAGGAGAAGAGCAAAGGAAGUUAAGAAUGCUGUUUUGCGUCGAAGCAGCGUUAUCAUACGUGCAUUAUUUCGAAGUGAGAAAUGGCCGUUCUUACUUGGACUUGGCGAAAAGUGUUUCGAAUGUCGACUUUCAACUGACUGGAGCGCUCGGGAAGAGGACUUACCACCAGGAAAAUGAGCUUCCACAGUUGCUACUUGAAGUGCGGCACAAAGAAAACGGUGACGUCGGUACUGCGUCGUCGGAAAGGGCGAAUUGUUUCCCGAAAAAUGCGCCGCUCAGAGACGACACUGUCAUGAAUGAGGUAAAGUUUAGUGUCAGCGCAGCCGCCGAUGUUGCCCUAACGCCUGAGGAGGGCUGUUUGCUUCUGGCCGUAUGCAUCCUCAACAAGAGCAUCAGUGCACCUGAUGCUCUUAGAGACGAAGAAGUCAUGGCAUACAUCGAAAGAGUGGUUUCAAUGCCUUGCUCGUGGCCGGUCCAGUUCAGCGCACUCUUUCAACGAUGCAGGCUGGAACGGAAUAACAGCCGACGAGUUGAGCGAUCGAUGACUCAACUGCAGUGCCUCGUUGAUGCUGUUAAAUCCCCAGAGCCUAAUGCUGUUGUCAGGCAGGAGCUCUUUUUCUCUGUGGCUAUGCCGGCCAUCUGGGAAGUUGAAAAGGAGCUCGGAAACAUUUUCUUUGCUCUAGGGGCUACGAAGAGCGCUCUUGAUGUUUUCCUCAAAUACGAGCUCUGGGAGGAUGUCAUCAACUGCUACACCAAGAUAGGUCGCCGUGACCGAGCCGAGAAGGUUGUGAGGAAGUUGCUCGAAGAAGAGGAAACUGCCCACCUGUACUGCUUGCUGGGUGAUGCUACACAGGACCCUGAGCACUACACAAAGGCCUGGGAGAUAUCGGGUCAUACCAGUGCAAGGGCUCAGCGCUCGCUCGGCUUGUUCUAUUACAACAAGAAGGAGUUCCAAGAAGCCAUUCCGUAUCUGCAAAAGUCAUCAGAGCUUAAUGGAAUACAGAUGAACGUUUGGUUUGCCCUUGGGUAUUCUGCCAUGCAGGUUGAAAACUAUGCUCUGUCUGUAAAGGCAUACAAGCGCGUGGUGAAUCUGGACCCCGAAAGCUUUGAAGCAUGGAACAACAUGGCCAGCGCAUACAUCCGCAUGGGAGACAAGCACAAGGCCUGGAAAGUUCUGCAGGAAGCACUGAAGUGUAGUUAUGACAAUUGGAGAGUGUGGGAAAACUACUUGCUGGUGUGCAUGGACGUUGGAGCUUUCGAGGAGUGCAUAACUUCUUGGCACAGACUGAUCGACAUCAAGGGCAAACACACCGACGGCAAGGUGGCAAAACUGUUGGUGAAGGUUGUGGCGGAAGGAAUUCCAGACAUCAAUGGCAAGCCGGUAACUCAAUUGAGGUCCAGGUUGCUCGAGCUGUUUGGUAGAGUUACGUCAGGUGUUACCAAUGAUGCUGACAUUUGGUACUCGUAUGGGUCUCUCUACCAGCUUUUGAGCGAACAAUCAAGCAGAACUACGGAGGACACCGAACGAAUGUUACAGUUCUUUCAGAAAUCGUUCCGGUGUCAUAAUCAAAAGCCAAACUGGGAGAAAGAUGUGGCAGCCUGUAAGGAGCAUCUAAUACGUUCAAAAGACCUUCUGGACAUUUAUAUUUCUGCAACAGAAAGUCUAAGUGACAAAGUUCGCAAACACCAGCUGUUAUCAUCUGCUAGGAUCACAGUGAAAGGUACCCUGUCAAUUGUUCAGAACUACAAGGUCAACUAUUCGUCAGAAAUUCUCGAUGAACUGGCACCAGCAAUGAGUAGCCUUGCUGUGAAGUUAGAUGAAGUUGCUUCACUCAUCAAAAGUCUCAUUUAAAAUCACUCAGUCCGUACACCCUGUGUGGUUGUAAAUUUUAGUGUUGUGCUGUUUUUCACAAAACAUUCGGGGGCUUUCCUACAUGAAGAUGCACUGUUGUGUUUCCUCUGGCAGUUGUCUGCCUUUGUGAAGAUGUACACAUUGUAUAAUACACUUCCAUAUUACUGUUA